AAUGUGUCAUACAUUCCAAACUAUCUUAUAAAUUAUAUCUUGGAUUCAUUUGAUAGUAGUAUAGUUAUGUCAUUUAUGUGAUUGACUAAAUGAUCUGUUAUUAUAAAGCUUCCCUUGAGAUGGUAUAGACUAAUUUGAAUAGUAGUAUACACUAGUAAUAAAGAUUAUCAAUUGUGUAUUAACCAUAAACAAUAACGGUUAUCUAUUACAAAUAAGGUUGUAUAAUGAUAUUUAAUUAUGUGAAAGUUAUAAUAUAAUAAUAUGGAUUUAGUAAAAACUGAAGCUACCUGUUUACCAGCUGGUCGAUAUGAAUUUAAAGAUUCUGGAUUAUAUAUUGGUGAAUGGUUAAAUGAGAAAGCUGUUGGUUUAGGUUUAAUUACAAAAGAUAAAUGUCAAGGUGAAUAUACUGGAUUAUGGGAUUCUGGUUCAGAGAAAAGUGGUGUAUUUUUAUGGCCAAAUGCACCAGGUGCUAUGUAUGAAGGUGAAUGGGCAAAUAAUCGACGUAAUGGAUAUGGAAUAUUUACUAGAGAAGAUUGGGUUAUUAUGGGACAAUUUAAAGAUGAUUUUAUUAAAUGUGGAAUAAAAUGUAAAGAAGAUUCAAUUGGAAGAUUUGAAGGUGAAUUUGAAAAUGGUUUUCCUAGUUUUGGUGUUGAAACUUAUGCUGAUGGUGGAAGUUAUGCUGGUGAAUAUAAAAAUGGUGUACGUGAAGGACUUGGUGUACGUACAUCUAUACCAUAUGGAGAAGUAAUCAAUUUUUUCCCUGAAGAAGCUGCUAUCGCUGCAGAAAUUGCAUUAAAUAUAAAAAAACAUACAGCAUUACAAAAUUUAUUAAAUUCAACACAUCAUACUCAUCAUCAUCAUAAUAAUAGUACACAUCAUCUAAUCAAUAACACCACCACCACCACCACCAACAACAACAACACAGGAACACGUCGUGGAAGUCUUCUAAGUCAAAGAUCUGGUGAUGCAGUUGAAUUAGAUGAUCCAGAAUUAAAUGAACAAGAUAAACAUCAACAUCAUCAUCCUCGUAAUGAUAAUGAUGACGAAGAUGAUGAUGAUGAUGAACCAUAUUAUGGUCGUCGUCCAAAUCCAUUAAAUAAUUAUAAUAAAGAUUUAAAAGAUUUACGUAUGUCAUGUAAAUUUAAAUGUGGUUUUGUAUUAUCAUCAAAACGUAGUGAAUUAAUGUUAAAACGUCAACAUAAAUUAAAUAAUACAGGUAGUGGAUCAUUUAAUAAAUAUCGUAAAGAUUUUAAUCAUAAUAAAACAAAUCAUCGAUCAAAAUCAUUAACAAAUUUAUUUAAUCAUUCAUUAAGUAAAGAAUCUAUUACAUGUGUACGACGUCAAGGCAGUGUAACAGAACAUUCAGUACGAGAUAAGAUGAAAGUGGAACAAACACCUGAAUCCGUAUUUACAUUAGAUCAAGUAGAUGCUAUCGAUCCUGAAACAGUUGAAACAUUUGCUGGUCAAUGGGAAGCUGAUUCACGUCAUGGUUAUGGAGUAUGUGAACGAUCUGAUGGUGUUAUUUAUGAAGGUCAAUGGGUGAAAAAUCGACGACAUGGUUAUGGUCAAACACAUUUUCCUGAUGGAGUAUGCGAACAAGGAAAAUAUCAAAAUGGUAAAUUAGUAUUUUUAUCUUGGCCAAAAGGAGCAAAAUCAUAUUUAUUAUUAUAUAAUUAUCAUAUUAUGCGUGAAGUGGCUAAUGCUGUAAAACGUGCUAGAAGUAUAGCUGAUGAUGCUUUCGUUAAAGCCAAUGAAGCUAGAGAGAAUUUAGCUAAAGUUGAGAAUGCAGUGCAACUUUCAAAAAAAGCUGCUGAAUUAGCUCGUGAUUAUUCAUUAGAAACACGUGAAUUAGUCAAAGAAAUGUAUCCAGAUUUUGAACAACCUGGUAUUAAAUAUUUAGAAGAUAUGGUACGUCUUAUGAAUAUAACAAAACGAGGUAAUCAAGCAUUUAAUACAGCAUUACAAUCAGCUAAAGAUAUAAUAGCUAAUGUUGAAGCUCAUUUAAUUGAACAAAAUGAAUUAAAUAAACAAAAUUUAGAAGAGAAUCAUGAACAGAUUCAUCUAAAUUAUCCAUUAUUAGAUUUAGAUCAAAUCAAAUCAAUCAAUCAUGAUAAUAAUAUUCCAUUAUCUAGAUCUGGAUCAUAUUCUAUAAAACAUUAUACAAAACAUCAAUUAAAUAAACAUAAAUAUGGAAAUGAUAAGAUGUAUUCAAUUGAAAUGAAAAAUAUUGAAUAUUCAACUGGAAAUGAUAUUGGCAAAUCAUUAACACUUCAAAUACCACAAGUGAAUGUUGAUUGUUCAUAUUCUCAACAAAUAAAUAAUGAUAAAUCAAUAAUGAAUAAUAAGUUCACUAAUCCUAUGAUGAUGAAAACAACAACAACAACAUCAGAGAAUAGUUUACAUGUACCAAAUCUUCAUUAUUAUACUCAUAGAAUAGAUAAUGAUAUAUCAUCUGAAUGUGAUUCAAUAGAAGGAGAAAGUCGUACAACACGUAGUUCAUCAGAAGCAUCAAAUUAUGUCAUUUUACCAACAUUUAACAUUCUUAAACCUCAAUCAGAACCAUUAACAAUUCCAUUGAAUAAAUUAAUGUCAAAUACAACAGUAAUGGAUGAUUAUUUUGGACAUUAUAAAAUUACACCAAAACGAUUAUCAUCAUUAUAUAAUGAAAAACGUCAUUCUAUGGAAAGAUUAAUUGAAUCACAAAAUAUUCAUGGAAUUAAAUCAAAUAUCAGAAAUCAAUCUAUGGAUCAUAAAACGAAUCGAUAUAUUGAUGAUCAUGGUGGUGGUGAUGAUGAUGAUGAUGGUGAUCAUUUGAAACCAUUAAGUCAUGAUGCAAAAAUUGCUACAUUUCCACGUACUUCAGAGAAUUGUGAAUCAUCUAAAAGAAUUGUACGACGUAGAACAUUACCAGGAUUUUUAACACAACCACCAUUAGAUUUAAGUAAAUAUUCAAAUUUAACAACACUUCAAGAAAAUAGAAUCAUGGUAAUGCAUUAUUAUGGUUAUUAUCAUUACUGGUUAGCGUUAUUUUUUUGUAGCGAGUUAGUUUCCUAGAGGAUGGAAUCGCUAACUUCAUACCCGACCCUUCUCUUUUUUAUCCGAGCUUGAGACCGGCAGUAGCCCCAUGAAUUCUCCAGGCGGGGUUUUAUCAUCAUUACGUAAUAAUAACAGUGAUGACAAAACUAUAUGGAUUUGAUUACAGUAACAAAAUCGUAUAAAAUAGUGUAAUAUAAACAUUUAACUUGUGAAUAUUUGGAAUAUAUGCAUAAGUGCACUUGUCCGAGAUCGAAGGUUUUGGGUUCGAUUCCUGGCCUAAGAGACUUAGAUGAAUACUGUGACUGAGGAGUUCUAUACUAGAACAAAAUUCCCACGUAGUGUUUCCAGUUUUUUUUCUCACUUGGAUCGAUUUAUGAUUUUAAUAAUAUGUUUGAUUUGUUUUUUAGAAAAGUGAGCAAUCAAGAUUAGGAUUUACAGUUGAAUGUUAAAUUUAGAAAUUAGAUUCAAUGUUUUCAUCAUGAACUAACAUCAUCUAUAAUGCCGAAGUGGUAUUCAGCUAAAUGAUUUAAAGAAUUUCUGAUAUGCUUGAAUGCUAUUACGAGUUCACCUUACUCGGUAAAUCGAACGAAAGUCAAAGAUGCAGUAAUACAAUAGGCUAUUCUGAUCCAUUGUCCCUGGCCCUACUAACUAGACCAAAAAGUCUUGAUGAGGCGUAGAGAAUGCAUUCUACAAGCACAUAGAAUAUACGAGGUCACUACGCACACAAAUCAAACUUAUUUAUACAAUGAUAGAAACGUCUUUGGGAGAGCUACGAAAUAGCGUACCAAAAAAAUCCGUCAACCAAUGACGGUCAAGGAUUUCCUGAUGGGAAAUGUAAGCUGUAGAUCAACUAUGCGUCUCUUGACGCGAAAACAUAUAAUUCAAAUUUUCAGAAUAAAAUUACAAGAUUAGGAUCUUUUCCAAGUUAGUUCUCGAAAUCCAACGUCCUCAACAAUUUCGCGCCAAAAUUCAAGACUUGGUAUCUUAGAUCUGAUUGGUUCGUCCAUAAAUUAUAGUCUUGCCACACAUUUGUCUAUAUCAAAUAUAACAAACUACUUCAAUUUAUAAAAUAGAAUCGUUCACUUUUUACUAUUCAAUAUUCGUGUCAGUAUACUUUGGUUAUUAAUAAAUCAUUGGACAUGAGUGUCUGCAUUCAUGUGAUUAGUUAACUCCAAUUUAUUACAUAAACUAUCAGUCGUAGAACGUCGUACGUACAUACAUCAGUUCAAGUUCCCAUACAAAAUUAGCAUAGAGAUACAAUUGUCGAUUCAAAUCCCGUAGUGAUAGAGAUAGUAAAAGUAUAAGUAGUAAUCAGAAAGAUUCGGGUUUGAAGAUGUUAUUCAAUGAGUAUAAUCCAGUGAAAUAAAUUUGGAAAAAGAAAAAAAUGAAGGGACAUGAAGAAUUCAGAAGACUACAAUUCGGGAGAACACAAAGAAUGGAUGCACCUGCUCACACCAUCACAAACGAUUUUGAGCCAUGUCAUUGAAUGUCUUUAAUCAUAUUGUUCAAUAACUUGGAGAAUUACGAAAUAUUUCGGAUCCAUUGGUCAGACUCUAUCAUCAAAAACCGACUGUAAAAGAGAACAAACCAGAUUCCAGCGUAAAAAGAAGUGCUGGAAGGGGAUAGGAUACACAUUGAGGAAAGCUUCCAACUACUUCACAAGGCAAACCCUCACUUGGAAUCCUCAAGGCCAAAGGAGAAGAGAAAGAUCAAAGAACACAUUACGCUGAAAAAUGAUGACAAACACGAGAAGAAUAAACAACAAUUGGAUAGAGGUAGAAAGGAAGGCUCAAAACAGUAUGGGUUGAAAAAUGCUAGUCUGCGGUCUAUUCUCUAUUGACAGUAACUAAGUAAGUAAUCAGCCUUUACAUGAGUAAAUGAUCACUAACAAGUAGAUUAAGUGAUUUACACUUAAUUACUGAAUUGUAUAUAUAAGUAACUCCGCCUGGAGCCCCUUUCCGGGUUGUUUACUGUCACCCUUUCUCUUUCUCCUGGUGAUCGACUGGAUCAUGAAGACAUCAACAUCUGAAGGGAAGCACGGGAUACAGUGGAUAGCUAGGAUGCAAUUGGAUGAUCUAGACUUUGCAGAUGAUCUGGCUCUUCUAUCGCAUACACAACAACAAAUGCAGGAGAAGACAACCAGUGUAGCUGCAGCCUCAGCAGCAAUAGGUCUCAAUAUACACAAAGGGA